AUGCAUCAUAAACAUACUUAUACAAUAUUUUUUGUUGUGCUUUAUAUAUUUAAUGUUAUACAAGGAACUCAUUUUCGUGGUUCUAUGAUAUCUUGGCGUAUAAUUGAUGAAUCAUCUUCAACCCUUCGUGUUCAAAUUCUUCAACGUCAUGCUUGGCGGUACACUUACUAUUCUCCAUACUGUACAGAUGCAACUAUUGCAAAUGGACAACCGAUUUUAGGCAGUGGUUAUGAUAUCGACUGUGUCAGUAAUUGUCCAACAGGUUUAACAACAAUUGGAAGCGUUCAAGUUCCUUGUACUGGUUAUAACAUUGGUGAACAAUAUGCAAUGGGUGAAGGACGUUUUACCUUAAAUAUUCCAGAAAAUUCUAAUUUUAUAGCCGCGUUUAGUAAUAUGGCUUGGUUUGAUCUUGUUACAGGAACCAGUUUGACAUGGAGUGUUGCUGUUCAAAUUCAAACCUAUAAAAGAGUCGAUACUGGAUGGUAUAACAAUGCACCUAUUGUUACUAUGUUACCAAUCUAUCGAUUAAGAAAUCUAAUCAGCUAUUCUAUCAAAAUUAACGUCGCUGAUAAUGAUUUUGAUCCAUAUAUUUGUCUUUGGUCUGAAGGUUCUACACAAUGUGGUGGACUUAGUAAUAGUGUACCUGGUGGUAUUGUUGAUAAUUAUGAAUGUUAUUUAAACUUUACACCAAAUACUGUUGGAUAUUAUGCAGCUGCUUUGACAGUAGAGGACUUCGUGAUACUACCAAUCAAUAUAUCAUCAACUAGUUAUCUUUCACAAGUACCUAUUCAAUUCGUAUUUCAUGUUUACGAAUCUCCAGAUCCUUGUGUUACUGGACCAAUCUAUAUAGGCGAUCUCGUACCAGAUAUUUGUAUCUAUCUGUCAGUAGGUGAAAUUCGCACUACUCGUGUUCGUUUCAAAGUUCAAUGUACUAAUGCCACUGUUGAAAGUAUAAUUAGUGCUAAUCCAAGUGGUUUAAUAACUUCAUCUGUUCAACAAGAUUCAUUUGAUCCUAUGAUCUUUGCUUUUCUUGCUAAUUUUACAUCAAAUUCUGAACAAGUAGGACAAAAUCUCUUUUGUUUUUCUGCUGUUGAUUCGAUUGGAAAUCAAGGAGAUUCAGCUUGUCUUCGUUUUGCUGUAUCAUCACAAACAUCUAGUCUUCAACCAUUAUAUAGAUUGAAUGCUACUCGAUAUCCAAUGGGAACAGUCUCGAAAACAACAUCACUAUGGACUAUUCUCACUGGAGCAGAAGUUUAUCAACGUCCAACAACUGAAACAUAUAUUCGAUUCAAACGAACAUCAGAUGAUGCUGAUUUUUAUGUAUUAAAUGCUGUGACUGCAACAGCCAAUGUUUUCUAUUUAAAUGAUCGUAUAGUGAUAAAUUCAACAGUUGUAUGGACUCCAGGUGAAUAUUUUUAUAUUUAUUUUGAUGCUGGUGUAUUCGUAGAAGCUAGUACAUGUUCGAAAGAAGCGAUGCCAAUUAGUGAUCCAAACUUUUGGCCAUUUGAUAUACCAUAUGAGACGACAACAACAAGCACAAGUUCAACAACAACAACAUCUGAAUCAUCAACAACAACAGCACGCACAAUACCAACACGUCGAACCCUCAUCACAUCAACUACAACUACCUCAACAAGUACUUCAACAACAACAACAACAACAUUCACAACACUUACUUCAAUCAGAACCACUCGAUCAACAAAUUCAUUUCCAAUAAGUGCAAUUGUUGGUAUUACUCUUCUAUGUCUUUUCAUCUGUGCAUUAUUGAUAUGGUUAAUUUGUUCAAUGAUUCAUAUUGCUUUGAUUCGUUUUCUUCUUCUCGAAUUUGGUCUUUAUCAACAACUAGUCAACAUUCAUUCAACAUCAACACCUGAUUUAUUUUAUGAUUUAACAAAGAAUGAUCAUAUUACAUCAACUGUCCAAUAUAAACUAGCAACACGUCAUCGUCAACGACAAAGCAUAAGCAUAUAUUCGACCCUUAGUAGUGACACUUUCACUCAAAAAAAUUUAGUUGAAGUACAAGUAUAA